GGGGAGGCGGGAGAGUGGAAGUGCUUUCGCUCUUAAGCGGCAAGUGUGGUGAUGGCCGGUGCUGGACAGCGAGCGGUGGCCCCACCAGGGAGACCAGGAAACCCCGGACAGCCGCAGGCACGGCGGCGGUGGCAGCGGCAGUGGCAGCAGCCGCGAGGGCAGCAAAAAUGCUCUACCUGGGAGCCGGGGCAGUGCAGCAAAGAAAAGAAGAAAGUGAAUUGCAAGCCUAAGAACCAGGAUGAACAGGAAAUCCCUUUCCGGCUUCGAGAGAUCAUGAAAAGCCGAGAGGAGAUGAAAAAACCCCUCAGUUUCAAGAAGAGAAAGAAGGAGGCCCAGGUGGCCUUCAGGAACACUCUGGAGAAGGAAGCAAAGGGAAUGGAGCCGGAUAUCAUGGUUCCCAAGUUCAGGCAAAGGAAGGGGGAGUCCGAUAGGGCUUACCUCCAGCGCAUGGAGCAGGAGACCCAGCACGUGCUGUUCCUCAGCAAGAACCAGAUCGACCGGCAGCCAGAGGUGCAGGCAGCUCCCAAGAAGGAGAAAUCUGAGCGGAAAAAGGCAUACUGUGAAGUUUGGAGAGGUUGUCUUAGAGCCACCAGAGCUGACUGCCCAGCCCAGGAGGAGCACAAGCAGAAGCCAGGGUGCGCCCCAGCACCGUACUGGAAUGAGAGCUAUUUGACAGCUACAGCCCUUACCAUCGCCCAUGGCCCACGUGUGUGUUACCCUACUGUGUCUCUUCCUCAGCCUGGCAAGACAUCACUGAUGCUGAAGAUGCUUUUGAGCCCUGGUGGUGUGUCCCAGAAGCCUCAGAGCACCUCACUGGCCAGGCAGCAGAUUGUGAAGGCAGAGAGGGAGCAGGCUGUGCAGGCUUACCGGGCCCUGAAGAAACUGCGACAGCAGCAGCGGGUGUCACCACCACAGCUGCUGUGCCACACUUCCCAGAGGAAGGCUGAGGUGCGUCUGUGACGGAGAGACUCAGAGGCCUGGCACACCUGAAACAAGAAGAUUGUCCUGUUCCGGACAAUGGCCCACACACCAGCUCUCGGUGUGGAGAGUCUCCAGAUCCUUUCUCUUAAUUGUUCACCUUAAAGAUUGCCCUUUCCCAGCGACCUCUGAGGGGCUGUAUCUCCUACAGGGCUUCUCCCCUUAUAGAUUGGGGCCCGUGUCUUAUUUCAAGCCUACCUUCACUUUGCAGCAGAAAAGUCCAGGCUCAGGGAACCCAGGGCCACCUUACGAAGUACCCAGGCUUAAAAUCCUGACUCUGAACACCAGUUGAUUACUGAGACUGCUGAUGUUGGUCAUUUCAGUAUUUAAGAGGUUCCCUCUGGGUCAGGCAGGGUGGGUCAGCAGGCCAGUGGGAAAAAGCAGGCAGAAGCCAGGGAACAGUUGGUUCCUAGACUACCUUUGAGGUCUUCACAGGGAGUCAGGGCCCCAGCCCACCUGUUAGUAGACUUGCAGAGACAGGAGAGUGCUAGCCUAGGUUUGUUUGGGAUAGAGAUACCCUCUGAGGGGAGAAGCAGGUCUGUAACCCACCUAACAGGUCUGUGGGAAAUAGGGCAGGCAGAGAAGCCAGGGAUGCAGCCUCCCUGGGCUCCAGUUAGGCAGCAGGGCUGAUGAAAGCACUUGCCCAGGGCAGGGCUUACUGAGUUCGACCACCAGUGCCAAAGAGUGUAGCACCCAGCCCUCCACCCAGGUCAAUGCAGUCAGAGGUGUGAAGGCCUUCAGGACUGCAGACCUCCCAGGAGCCUGCCACCACGCAGAUGCUCUCAGAGAUCUCACAAAGGCUGAGUCUGCCUUGAGCACUGUAAAGUGAAGGAGUUUUGUGGAACUUUUUAGUCCCCUUCUGCGAGUUUGCAUUUCCAAAAUGAAGUUUAUCAAGAUUUUUGGUGUUUUUCAAAUAGGGCUGUUAACCUGUGAGGUGAUUUUUGCUACCUAGUGACACUUGGUGGCUCACUCACCUGGGUGCCUGGGGUGUGCACAACCCAUUUGAGCUAUACCUGGCAGCACUCAGGGCCUCUCUCAGGCUGACUAGAGAAGUACAAGUUCAGAUGACACCUGCAACCUGGGAAGUUUGAAUUAGGACACUCAGGCCAGAGCACAGCCACUGUUAGUCAAGUGCUAGUGUCUAAAUCCUCCCAGGGGCCAUGUGAGAUGAGAUGAGGCUUGUGAUGGACUGCUAAUUGGGACCACAAAUUUUCAGUGGCUAAUUCAGUGUACUUCCCUCAGGGAUAAAUGGAGGUUUGAGAUUAUGGGUGUCACCCUUUGGAGAUUUCCCAUGAGCUCUAGGGAUGAGCCAUCCUCUCCCACCCACUAAGACCACUCAGGUUAAACAGCACUGCAGGGCAAGAUCCUUAGCAUGGGAUAUUCUCUGUCCUCUGGAGUCAUCCCAGGAUUAUACUUGCUGAGUCAUCACCUCUGAAUCUUCGUGGAUCUUAAGUCUUCUGCUAGCCCCUCCUAGCCUUGUAUACACCCAAUAAAAUAGUGGCUGGCUCA